AUGGUAAAGACGACACUGUUUGAUCAUCAAGAUCGAAGUUCAUGGUUAAGUGCUGAGCGAGCAGAUCCUCUUUUGCCCAUUAUAGCCCCUUCCAUUCUCGCCUCAGACUUUGCAAGACUAUUAGAUGAAUGUAAUGAUGUUCUUUCUAUUAACGGUGGAGCUGCGGAAUGGCUUCACGUGGAUGUAAUGGAUGGACACUUUGUUCCUAAUAUCUCUAUUGGAAUGUGUGUUGUGGAAGCCCUACGCAAACAUCUCCCACAUGCUUUUCUUGAUGUGCAUUGCAUGAUUACAAAUCCUGAUCGUUGGAUACAAGAAAUGGCAAAAGCUGGUGCCUCUCAAAUGACAUUUCAUAUUGAAGCCGCAGAAAAUCCAAAAGAAGUGGCCCGUCAAAUUCGUACGGCUGGAAUGCAGUGUGGAGUGGCGGUGAAACCAAAGACUCCCGCAAGUGCCGUGGCGGAACUCGUAAAGGAACAAUUAGUGGAUCUUGUGCUUGUAAUGACAGUGGAACCUGGAUUUGGUGGACAGUCAUUUAUGCAGGAAAUGAUGCCAAAGGUGAUGGAACUGCGGCAGAUGUAUCCUCAUUUAAAUAUUGAAGUGGAUGGUGGUUUGAGUGAAAAGACGAUUGAGGCAGCAGCAAAGGCAGGCGCUAAUGUUAUUGUGGCGGGUACAUCUAUUUUCAAGGCAAAAUCAAGGAAGGAGGCAACAGAAACAUUACGGAAUACUGUUAAGAAUUAUCUCUCACACGAGUAA